AUGCAAACAGGAAGCAAGUUGUUGUUAAACUGACAAGGGACAGUUAUCGCCAACAUAAAGCAAGAGCAGCAGCAUAACUAACAAUGUCACGAUUGAUUUGGCCUAAUCGUUUUUGUGCCAAGUGCGCCUUACUAACAGCGCGUGGGCUUCCUUUGUUGACACCGCGAGCAGGAGCGCGAGUCAAGCCGCCGCAGUCAGAUAAACUGAGUGUUUUUAUUCAAAAGCAAAGGCGACACGUUGGAGGGUCAAACACAGUGUUUUUUAAAUACAAGUCAAAGUCCAGGAUUUGGCUAUGUGGGGCUGGUGUGGGGAUUGCAAUAGCUGUCGCUAUAAAAUACCGCGCGGACACAGCCAACAGUUCCUGUGACGAUAAAAUAAAAAAAGGACAGACGGCUGAUCGAUACAGCGAUGCCAUAACAGUUAGCAGGGACCUUGUGAAGCGGAUACAGGUAAGCAUAGAGGCUGAGGUUGGGGCUCCAGGACUGGUGGUUGGGGUCUCUGUUGAUGGGGCUCAAGUCUGGAGUGAAGGGAUCGGUUAUGCUGAUUUGGAGAAUCGUGUGCCAUGCAGCCCAGAAACAGUGAUGCGAAUCGCCAGCAUCAGUAAGCCCCUCACAUCUGCAGCUGCUGCACGACUGUGUGAGGAAGGGAAACUAGAACUUGAUGUCCCUGUCCAGAAAUAUGUCCCAGAAUUUCCCCAGAAGCAAUUUAAUGGACAGAAUGUCACAAUAACUCCUCGUAUGCUUCUGUCCCACCUGAGUGGUAUACGGCAUUAUGAGAAGGAUGCAAAGAAAGUGAGGGAGGACAAGGAGAAAGCUAAACGUCUUAUGAAGCCAGAAAAGAAAAAUGAUGAAAAGAGCUCAUUCGAAAACAAAGAUAAACCAACAACAGAACAGAACACCAAGGGCAAAGAAGCCACUCGGGCUCAGAAGAAAAAAGAGUUUGAGCACGAGGAAUACUACUUGAAGGACAACUUUGAAAAUGUCACUCAGGCCUUGGACCUUUUCAAGGAUGACCCACUCAUUUUCAAACCUGGUACCACUUUUCUGUACUCCACCCACGCCUAUACCCUGCUUAGUGCUGCUGUGGAGCGAGCUGCUGGACAGUGCUUCCUGGAUGUCAUGAUGAACAUGUUCCAUGAACUGGGAAUGCUAAAUACUGUGCCUGAUGAGAAUGACCCUAUUAUUUACCACCGCUCCAGAUUUUACCAUCUUAACAAGAGAGGACGUGUUGUGAACUGCCCAUAUGUAGACAACUCCUACAAGUGGGCAGGAGGCGGCUUCCUUUCCACUGUGGGUGACCUGCUGCUGUUCGGUAACACUCUGCUCUACAGCUACCAGGUGGCCCACCUUAAGGACACCAAGGACUUGCUCCCUGGCUUUCUCAAACCCCAAACUGCCAUUGAUCUGUGGGCACCAGUUGACAGGACAGAGGCCAGCUGGGAUAAGGAUGGACUGUAUGCCCAAGGCUGGCUGGUAGUGGAGAAACUACAGAAAUAUGGCCAGUGCAGGAAGCGCAGACACUACGUGUCACACACAGGAGGCGCUGUGGGAGCCAGCAGUGUCCUCCUGGUGUUACCCAGUGUGGAGAUAGAUGAGUGCCAAGGACAGACCCCCCGCCUUCCACAGGGGGUGGUGGUCAGCAUCAUUACUAACAUGCAGUCUGUGGGACUCAACAGCACAGCACUGAAAAUUGCGCAUGUGUUUGACAAAGCCAGAAGGCUAUAAGAGUAAGUUGUUUACAGAAAUGUGUGAUUUUAUAUUUUACCAUGAAGUAUUUCAGAAAAACCUUGUAUGAAAUUUUGAUAACACUAUUACAUAAGUCUAUAGGACGUUUUAGGAAAUGAAAUAAAUUCUCAACAUGUAUUUAAAGUA